AUGUCUUCUACGCCGCAAGCACCCCCUCACCCACGAGACUGGAAGUCUGGAGUGGACGAAUAUCUUACACAAAACGGGGUCUCAUAUGAUACAGCAAUACCUCUCAACACUGGUACAUCAUGUUACAUCUGGCGACUCGAAGGACUGGUCGAUGCGGAGGCCUCAGCCAAUGGUCAUCAGACAGGCCAGCCAGUCAUAAUGAAGUGCGCCGACAGCACCCCCAAAUACCGGAACUUCCCAGUCUCACCGGAACGACUUCAGUUUGAAGUCAAAGCUCUGAGAUCCAAAGCAGUGGAAGAAGCUUGCCAUCAGGAGCCAUCAGUCCAAGUCCCGCGAGUGCUCCGAGAAACAAUGAACGGUUUCAUCAUGAGCAAUGUCGGUGAGACUGAUCUGAGGACGGCCUACAAGACGUACGAGUUUCUGGAUGCGCCGGGAAUUGGUGCGCGACUGGGUCGAUGGCUGGGUAGCCUGCAUGUUGCUGGUAUCAACCUGGGCCCCGACGGAUGGAGCUCUCAUCAUAAUGAGUUGGACAAGUUCUAUGUACCUGGUGGUCUGGCGGAAAAGGCUAUUAAAGACGCCAUGAACGACGAAGAGUCGGAAAAGGUGCUAACAGCAAUGCGCGCACCCGCUCCUAUCCACACGCUGACGCCUUGGGACUUUCGGCCUAUGAACAUUGUGGUACGUGUUCCCGAUGGCAAGGGAAUGGCCUCGGAUCUUGCGGUCGUGGACUGGGAGUUAUGUCACUACGGUGAUCCUUCUAACGAUGUUCGCAUGUGGUUUGCUGAAGUUGUCAUACUGGAGGCAAAGUUUGGCAAUAGGGGCCUGCUCUCGUCGUUUUUGUCGGCAUAUAAGCAACGGGUUGGUAGUGCUGUCGUAGACGAAGCAUUCGUGUCCAGAGUUGCUCUGAGUGCCGGCAUUUAUAUGCUGUGGCUUAUUCCCAUCAACCCUCGAGUUUGGGAUUGCACCGAGGAGGAUGUGGAAUCUUGGAAGAGAACAAGCCUAGAAUAUAUCAGGGCAGGCGCAAAUGAAGAUGUCGCCUGGCUGAGACAAUGCUGCUUGGGGCCUUUGUUGGCAUGA